AUGAAUGUCUUGGUGUACUCAGGUCCUGGAACCACUACAGAGAGUGUCAAGCAUUGCCUUGACUCAUUGCGACUCCACUUAUCGAAAUAUUAUGCAGUUCUCCCUGUCAGCGACACUGUUUUGCUAACUGAACCAUGGAUGAGAAAGACAUCAAUGUUGGUGAUCCCUGGUGGGGCCGAUUUACCGUAUUGCCAGCUCUUGAAUGGCGAUGGAAACAGAAAGAUUAAAAAAUAUGUCAAAGAUGGAGGGAAAUUUAUUGGAUUUUGUGCAGGUGGAUAUUACUCGUCAGAGAGGUGCGAAUUUGACGUUGGAGGACCAUUGGAAGUAUCAGGUUCCCGAGAACUUGCAUUUUACCCUGGGACGUGCAGAGGGUGCGCCUUUAAAGGAUUCAAAUAUGAACUGCAUCUUGGUGCGAGGGCCUCGAAACUACUGGUCAAUACCCAUGCUUUACCUCAUGCUCCGGAACACGUUUACACUUACUACAACGGCGGGGGUGUAUUUAUUGAUACUUCGAGAUUCAAGGAUGUCGAAGUCUUAGCGAGAUACGAUGACAAGACAGACGUUGAUGACCAGGACCAAGCUGCUAUUAUAUACAGAAAACUUGGCAAAGGUGGUGUUAUCUUAACGGGGCCACAUCCCGAAUUUUCACCGGCAUUGUUCAAAGAUGUUGAAAAGGAGUUUGAGCCUGUUGUAAACAAGAUCAAAGAACAUGACCAGGGAAGGAAGAUAUUCAUGAGAGAGUUGUUGAGAAAAUUAGGACUUCGCGUUAGUGAAGAUGUGGAAGAUACAACUCCGAAAGUUACCCCCAUGUACAUUGCUUCUCCAUUUUCAGGAAAAGUUUACAACUUAUACUCAAAACUCAAAGAGAACUUGGAAAUCAAAAAUGGCGCUUUCAAGGAUGACAAUGAUACAUUUAUCUUUCAAGAUGAAUCUCAUCCUCAAAAUCACGAGGAUGAGGCGCAAGAGGACAAUGAUGAACCGGAUCCAACAAAAUUGCCCAAGCAUGUAAAUUUCAUCACCUCGGGAAAUAUACCCACUGGUAAAAUGACACCGUACUUUAACUUGCAAAAGUACUUUGAUAACCUUCGCCAAUUAUCAAAAGAUGCUGUCACAGAAUUUGGAAGUAUACUUGGCUACUCCGAAGUGAUCACGUCGACUAGCACUAUUCUUGAAAAGAACCCGCAUUGGUUGCAAUACCUCCCCAAUGGAUUCACUUUGACAGCAUCCACUCAAGUUUCAGGUCGAGGCAGAGGCGGCAAUGUCUGGAUCAACCCUCGUGGCGUACUAGCUACCUCUAUAUUGUUCAGAAUACCCAAAUCGCAACUGGCUUCCUCGUCCGUGGUAACUUUGCAAUAUUUGUGUGGAUUAGCUCUCAUUGAGGCUAUUUUAGGCUACGGAAGUAACAUUUCUGGAGAAGGCGUCGGCUACGAGGAUAUGCCGGUGCGCCUCAAGUGGCCCAAUGAUAUUUUCAUCUUGAAACCAGAGUAUUUUGAUAGCUUGAAUCACCAAGUAGGGUCUACAGUUGAUGGGGAUGACGAAAAAUACGUCAAGGUAUCUGGCGCGUUGAUAAACUCGCAAUAUAUCGAUGGCCAGUUCAACUUGGUUUGGGGAGGAGGGGUGAAUGUAUCUAAUGAUGCGCCCACGACAUCUUUGAAUCUAGUGUUGAGUAAGCUAAACGAUAUAAGAAAGAGCAAGGGACACUCUACGUUAUCACCAUACGAGCCUGAACUUUUAUUAGCAAAACUUGUAUUCACCAUGGACCAAUUCUACUCGGUAUUCAAAAAGUCCGGCUUGCGUCCGUUCUUGCCAUUGUAUUACAAGAGAUGGUUCCACUCUGAUCAAAGAGUAGUUGUUUCUGGUGACCAUGGGGAGUCUAGAACUUGUACCAUCAAGGGUAUAACCCCUGAGUAUGGUUUGCUAGUUGCUGAAGAUGAAAAGAAUCAUGAGAUAUUGCACUUGCAACCUGAUGGUAACUCGUUUGAUAUUUUUAAAGGCCUCGUGUAUAAGAAGCAUACAUAG